GUAUACAAGAGUUUCAAACAAAAAAAUUGCUUUAAAAUGUCUGAAUAAUUCAACAAAUUUAAUUGAUAAAUUCUUAAAUAGGUUAAAGAAUAUUCAAUUAAUAAAAAGAGUGAUAUUCUUAAUGUAUAUGGAAUAUCCCAAAAUCCAGAUACAGACAAUUUUAUCAUAGUUCUUGAAUAUGCAGAAGGUGGAAGUUUUAAUAAUUGGAUAAAUAAUAAUUAUAAAUAUUUUGAUUGGAAAAAUAAAAUACAAAUACUACUAUAUAUCAUUAAAGGUCUUAAUGAGAUUCAUCAAAACAAGAAGGUUCAUCAUGAUUUACAUCCAGGAAAUAUAUUAUUUUUGACAAAAAGUUUAAAUACUUUUAAUAGAAAAUCAUUAUUUAUAUCUGAUAUGGGAUUAUGUGAAGACGUAAAUAAUACAAGUGAGGUAGAAUCUUAUGGAGUUAUUUCUUAUAUGGCUCCUGAGGUGUUAAGAAAUGAAGCUUAUACCAAAGCAGCAGAUGCAUAUAGCUUUGGUAUGAUUAUGUAUUUCACGGCAACUGGAAAACACCCUUUUGUCAAUCGCGCACAUGAUUAUCAUCUAAUAUUAGAAAUAUGUGAAGGAAUUAGACCUGAAAUAAAUGAGCUGGAAGUGCCAAAAUGUUAUGUUGACUUAAUGAAAAGAUGUUGGGAUUCAAAUCCAGAUAAUAGACCAAAUACUACUGAAAUACAUGAAUUAAUUGAGUCAUUUUUUAAUUUCUAUAAUUUAUAUAAAAAAGGUGAUUCAAAUGCAAUAGAAAUUAGAAAGCAAUUUAUAGAAGCAGAAAUUUACAGAAAAUCAUACCUUUCAGAUUCUUUUAAAAAAAUCAAACAACAUCCACAAGCAAUUUAUACGUCUCAAUUAGUACCCAAUUUUUUUACAAAAGAUUUUCUGAAAUCUGAAUAUUUAAGUUGCGCAAUCCUUGAUUGAUAAUGUAUUCAGAUUAACUUUCAAAUAUCUUCAAUAUAUCAAUUAGAUUCUCCAAACUCUUUAAUAUUUUACUAUGGAAAACUUAAAAUGCAGACAGAUAUCUGAUUGUAAUAUUUUGUCCUUA